CUACCCCCCUCAGCCUCCCAAAGUGCUAGGAUUACAGGUGUGAGCCACCACACCUGGCUGAGUUGUCAUGUUUUAUCUAAAUUUUAGAGCCUGAAGUAUAAACUAACCUUAAGCCCUUAAACUACUAAUUUCUUAUUUGGAUCACUAUAUGGCUACACUUACGAAUAUGCUGUGCAUACCUCUAUCAUUGCAUGUAUACAAUAUGAUAGAUGCACGAUGUGACAGACACACAAUAUGACACACGUACUUUUGCUAUCCUAACAUAUAUGAAUUUACUGAAAGAACUAAAAUGUCUUCAUUUUUUAAAUAUACACACGCAUAGCACAAGUGUGUUGCCAAAAAUAUGAAUACAGGUUUACAAUUCCUUAACUAAAACCCAAGGGUUGGAUGUUUUAGAAAUAAGAAUUUCAUACAAUUUUUAAGUGUUACAAGGUAUAUAAACCAAUAUAUAACAUCCCACAUACCAGGGGCCAAGGACAGCACCCCAUAAUCAAACAUACUAAUAUAGUUUUAGCAAAACACAUGGGAUAAAGACUAUAUACAGCUUCUCAAUAGUUCAGGUCAUAUUUUGCUACCAAAUGAAUUUUGUUGCCAAGCUUAAGAAGUUUUUGGUUUUCAGCGCUUUCUGAAUGUUAGUCUGAGAUGUGGGAUUACAGACUGUACUCAUAGAGUGCUUCUAGAAAGUACAGCCAGUCACUUCGACUCUCAUCUUUUUGAUGAGACUAGAAAAAUAAAUCAUAGCAAGUAGCUUUUAUAUUCCAUGUUUGGGCCAAAGACUUGUACUGUGGUUAAGGAAUCUAAUUUAGCAGAAGGCGCAAGAGCUGACAUCGUGAGUGGCUAAAAUGAGGGGGAGAAAAAAAAGAAAAUCCUAAUCAUACAGCACUGAACUACUGCAGCCAUUCGUUAGUUAUUAAUUUAAUAAAAGCUUCCUCCCUUUAAACCAUGAGUUUAUAACUGGAAAUAGGUCAAUAAAAUUUCUGUCCCACACUGCUCACAAGCGGAUGGAGGCAAUGAGCUUUAAUCCCACUGGAAGGUACUGCACUCUGUCUAGGACCAGGAUAUGUAAUAAAAGCAUUUCAAAUAUACAGGAAUAAGCAGAUAUGUACACACUAUUCUCAACUUGGACCGUUACUCUAUAAUAUAAACGAAAGGGGUUUGUUUUCUAGUCAAUCUCUGCUGAUCUCCUGUAUCCAAGUUCUUCUCUUUAUCUUGUGAGUCUUGUACUACCUUUUACAAGGGGAAAAAGCUCUACAGCGAAAACACAGAACACACUAAAAUCCUUUCCUUUCUCUUUACAACUCAAGCCCCACCUCCAUUUUGUUUCUGUUACUAAUUAUUUUUCUGAAAAAGUAUCAAAUUUACACUAAAAGACUAAAAUUCAACUUUGCAGACAACAAUGUUUUAAAAAAUAUAAUUCAGUUUGGUGAUAUUAUUUUGCAGUCUUACAAUUUUAGCUAUAUUUUAACUGAACCAAUUGUUCUGUUCAAUUUAUGAGUUAACACUCAGCUAGUUUGUUUUUUACAAAUAGUGUAUUCCAUUCUAAAAAUGGAAGUAGCAGUGGUGAGCAAGAAAAUAACCCUCUGAGUUUUGGCUAUUCAGGAGGAAGUACUACUUUCUCCAAUUUGAAUCACAAUUCAUAAAAACCUAACUAGCUAGAUCUUAAAUAUACAAAUACAUUAAUAAUCUAGUAAAGCAACAGAAAAAGGUAAACUAACCAGCCUAUUUUUGUCUGGAGAAACCCCAACAAACUCUGCUGGAUUCCUUGGCCAUUUGCAUUCAGAAGUACCAAAAACUAAAAUCCUUCUUACUAAAUAAUUUAUUCUACACCAGACUUGUUUCCUCCAUACCACCCUACCCAAAUUAUCAGCAUUAUUCCAGAAUAUAAUCAUUUAGUUUGAGACGACUAAAAAACCCCACACUCCAAAAUACCAAUUGUGGUUAGUCUGUAAAGAAAUGGUCUGAAACUACAAAAUGUUAUCCUAGGACACAUAACCAAUCGACCAAAAGGACUUCUGGAAUAUGCUGCCAAGAUUUAGAAUGCACAGGCAGAAAUAGCAUACGCGGUCACGAUGUCCCUUAAGCCACAUGACCUUCCUACGAAAGCAGAGGCUUAAACUUAUCAAAUGAGAACUCCCCCUUUCUCUGAAGUUAAAACAAGGCAGGGCAGCUGGAAUUAGUGCAGCAGGGACAGAACGGCUGCUGACUAGUCAGAACGGGUCGUGGAAUGCAAAGUCCCUGUGCUUUCGCUGCUCCCCUUACCGUGAGAAGAUCUGGGAGGGAGGAAAGGAGGAGAAACACCCCAGAAUCCUGGUAGAAAAGCCCCUGGCCUCGAAGAUGGGCUCUAGGGAGACAGGGAGGGGCAGCUCCGUGUGUGAUGACCCUUUGUGAACAUGCACUCUGUGGCAGCUUCGGCUCCACCGAGGCUUUGGGAGAGCGGACUACGGAUGCCCAGCGCGACCCAGCUGUGAAGGCCACGCCGGCGGAGAGGCUCCAUGGCACCUCCGCCGGCUUCGGGAGCCCUUCCCUCUCCCACCUCCGCGGGUCACCCCAGGGCCCAGCGGCUCCCGAUCACGCUCGCGCGGACCACGGAACAGCGACGCAGAAGCCGGUCUCUUUCCUCAGCGUAAUCCCUCCGCAGCAGGCCGCGCACUAGUUUUAAUCACGCCCCACCCCCUGGCCGCUGGCGCCACCUCCGCCACUCGGGCGCUUUCCAGCAGCUUCCAGAAACGUCGCCUCCCCAAACCCAGCCACUCACACAUGGCGGGCUCAGCAACCACCGGCCCCGCCCCUCCUCGUCGCCGCAGUCGCAACUGCGUCUGCGGCCACAGGGCGGAAGGCCACGCCUCUGCGGAGCGCGACCGGAAGUGCUCACGUCUUCACCUUCCCCGCCACGCCUCCGUUCUUUCAGGCCCUGCGUGCAGCAGGAAGGAGGACUCUUUUGCCGUGGACUGAAGCCGGAAGCUGCCUUCCUAGUGGAAACGCGAGUGGGGGAGGAGCAGUCCGCGGGGAACGUGGGUUGAACGUUGCAGCUAGGGUGGAAAUCAAGCUGGAACAGGAGUUCCGAUCGACCCGGUACCAAGAAGGGGAGUGCCCGCGGCAGGUAACGGAGAAGAGGGAGGGGUUUCUUUCCGCUCUCGAAAUUGGGAAAAGAGACAGAGCUGGGAUGACCUAUGGGGUAGUCGGCGCGCUGAAAGGAUGGGCUAGGCUGGGACGGGGUUCAAGUGGGAAAGAUUGAUGAUUAAGGUAUAGAGUUGGACUUACAGAUCCGUUUGGGCUCAGAGAGGUGAACGCUGAAGAGAAACCAGAGUUUGUUUUCGUUUUCCAAGGAGCGUCGAGUUGGGCAGGGUUAACGGACCCUGCGCCUCUUGGGGCGUCUUAGGUUGGGUGUUGAAACUUCCCUCCUUUGGUCCUGUUCGUCUCUGAUUCAAAAUAGUUGGGUUUGGUACCAGACAGGGCUGGGUGCAGAAAGCCGACCCUGUUCUUCGGCUUCCAGGGUUCAUUGAAAAAAUCGUUAGUGAUAUUGACAUGUCUCAAGUGACAUAAAUUAGCCAAUGACUCGGAAUGAUGGAUUCUCCGAAGAUUGGAAAUGGUUUGCCAGUGAUUGGACCAGGGACUGAUAUAGGGAUAUCUUCACUCCACAUGGUGGGGUAUUUGGGAAAAAAUUAUGAUUCAGCUAAAGUUCCAUCAGAUGAGUAUUGCCCUGCUUGUAGAGAGAAGGGAAAGUUAAAAGCCUUAAAGACUUACCGAAUUAGUUUUCAAGAAUCUAUCUUUUUGUGUGAGGAUCUGCAGUGCAUCUAUCCUUUGGGCUCUAAAUCACUUAAUAACCUAAUUUCUCCUGAUUCGGAAGAAUGUCACACUCCACAUAAGCCUCAGAAAAGGAAGAGCUUGGAAAGCAGCUAUAAAGAUUCAUUUCUUUUAGCAAAUUCCAAAAAGACUAGAAAUCAUAUUGUUACUAAUGGUGAACAAGUUUUGAACAGCAAACAUAAUGGAGAAGUAUAUGAUGAAAGCUCAUCAAACUUACCUGAUAGUAGUAGUCAACAGAAUCCAGUUAGGACAGCUGAUUCCUUGGAGCGGAAUGAGAUUUUGGAAGCUGAUACUGUUGACAUGGCUACUACAAAAGAUCCUGCUACAGUUGAUGUCUCUGGAACUGGCGGACCUUCCCCUCAAAAUGAAGGAUGUACAUCUAAACCAGAAAUGCCAUUGGAGAGCAAAUAUACAUCAUUUCCCCAGACUUUAUGUGUCCAGUGGAAAAAUGCUUAUGCUCUCUGUUGGUUAGACUGUAUCCUGUCAGCUUUGGUGCACUCCGAAGAAUUAAAGAACACCGUGACUGGACUGUGCUCAAAGGAGGAAUCUAUAUUCUGGCGGUUGUUUACAAAAUAUAAUCAAGCAAAUACACUUCUGUAUACCAAUCAAUUGAGUGGCGUUAAAGAUGGAGAUUGUAAAAAACUUACCUCAGAAAUAUUUGCAGAGAUAGAGACCUGUCUGAAUGAAGUUAGAGAUGAAAUUUUUAUUAGCCUUCAACCCCAGCUUAGAUGCACAUUAGGUGAUAUGGAAAGCCCUGUGUUUGCAUUUCCCCUGCUCUUAAAACUAGAACCCCACAUUGAGAAGCUCUUCCUAUAUUCUUUUUCUUGGGACUUCGAAUGUUCGCAGUGUGGACACCAAUAUCAAAACAGGCAUAUGAAGAGUCUGGUCACCUUUACAAAUGUCAUCCCUGAAUGGCACCCACUUAAUGCUGCCCAUUUUGGUCCAUGUAACAAUUGCAACAGUAAAUCUCAAAUAAGAAAAAUGGUAUUGGAAAAAGUAUCUCCCAUAUUCAUGUUGCACUUUGUAGAAGGCUUACCACAGAAUGACUUGCAGCACUACACAUUUCAUUUUGAAGGCUGUCCUUAUCAAAUAACUUCUGUAAUUCAGUAUCGAGCAAAUAAUCAUUUUAUAACAUGGAUUUUAGAUGCUGAUGGAAGUUGGCUGGAAUGUGAUGACUUAAAAGGCCCAUGUUCUGAAAGGCACAAGAAAUUUGAAGUUCCUGCUUCAGAGAUACAUAUUGUUAUCUGGGAAAGAAAAACAUCCCAAGUGACAGAUAAAGAAGCUGCCUGCCUUCCACUUAAAAAGACUAAUGACCAACACGCUCUCGGUAAUGAGAAACCAGUAUCUUCAACAUCGUGUUCUGUGGGUGAUGCUGCCUCAGCUGAAACAGCCUCAGUAACUCACCCUAAAGAUACAUCAGUUGCCCCUCAUACUUUUUCACAGGACACAGCUGUAACUCAUGGAGAUCAUUUACUUUCAGGUCCAAAAGGUUUGGUUGACAAUAAUAUUUUACCUUUGACACUUGAAGAAACUAUCCAGAAAACAACCUCAGUUUCACAGUUAAAUUCUGAAGCUUUCCUGUUAGAAAGUAAACCUGUAGCAGAAAAUACAGGAAUUCUCGAAACAAAUACUUUGCCAUCACAAGAAUCACUAAUGGCUUCUUCAGUAUCAGCUCCAUGUCAUGAAAAGCUUAUCCCAGACCAAUUUGUGGACAUAAGUUUUCCAUCCCGAGUUGUAAAUACAAACAUGCAGUCAGUACAGCUGAAUACAAAAGACACUGUAAAUACUGAAUCUGUGAAUAAUACUGAUGCUACUGGUCUUUUACAGGGAGUGAAGUCAGUAGAAAUUGAGAAGGACGCUCAGUUACAACAAUUCCUUACACCAAAAACCGAACAAUUAAAACCAGAACACGUCACAUCUCAGGUAUCUAAUUUGAAGAAAAAAGAAACUACAGCAGAUUCUCAAACCACAACAUCUAAGUCAUUACAGAAUCAGUCUCUGAAAGAAAAUCAGAAGAAGCCAUUUGUGGGAAGUUGGGUUAAAGGCUUAAUAAGCAGGGGUGCUUCUUUUAUGCCACUCUGUGUUUCAGCUCAUAAUAGAAACACUAUAACUGAUUUACAACCUUCAGUUAAAGGGGUAAAUAAUUUUGGUGGCUUUAAAACUAAAGGUAUAAACCAGAAGGCCCGCCACGUAUCCAAGAAAGCGCGUGGGAGUGCAGGUAAGCCUCCUCCCAUCAGUAAGCCACCACCAGGCCCUCCAUCGUCUAAUGGCACAGCUGCCCACCCACAUGCUCAUGCUGCUUCAGAAGUUUUGGAAAAGUCUGGAAGCACCUCGUGUGGAGCUCAACUCAACCACAGUUCUCAUGGAAAUGGUCUUUCUCCAGCAAACCAUGAAGACUUGGUGGAAGGUCAGAUUCAUAAACUCCGUCUAAAACUUCGUAAAAAGCUAAAGGCAGAAAAGAAGAAAUUAGCUGCUCUUAUGUCUUCCCCGCAAAGCAGAACAGUUCCAAGUGAAAAUCUAGAACAGGUGCCCCAGGGUGGGUCUCCAAAUGAUUGUGAAUCAAUAGAGGACUUGUUAAAUGAGCUACCAUAUCCAGUUGAUACUGCCAGUGAGUCUGCAUGCACCACUGUUGCUGGUGUUUCCCUGUAUGGUAGUCAAACUCAUGAAGAAAUUUUAGCGGAAUUAUUGUCUCCUACAACUGUUUCAACAGAGCUGUCAGAAAAUGGGGAAGGUGACUUUAGGUAUUUGGGAAUGGGAGAUGGUCAUAUCCCACCACCAGUACCAAGUGAAUUAAAUGAUGUUUCCCAGAACACACAUCUGAGACAGGAACAUAAUUAUUGUAGCCCCACCAAGAAAAAUCCAUGUGAAGUUCAGCCAGACUCUCUGACAAAUAAUGCCUGCGUUAGAACAUUAAACUUGGAGAGUCCCAUGAAGACUGAUAUUUUCGAUGAGUUUUUUUCCUCCUCAGCAUUAAGUGCUUUAGCAAAUGACACAUUAGACCUACCUCAUUUUGAUGAAUAUCUGUUUGAGAAUUAUUGAAUUAAUGCUUGUUAACUUUUUUUCAUAUAAUAUUUAUUCUUAGAAGAACUUACUAUGUGUUCAGGUAGUGUUUAUACACUGGACUUGUGUAAUUACUUGUGUAAUGACGAUGAACAAAAUGCAAGGUUUGACCCUUGGUUCUGCCCAUUAAGCAUGUAAUCUGUCUUACAAAUUAAAAUCAUUUAAUGUGUU